ACUAGGAUAGACCAGCAUCACAACAUCAGCCGGUGGCUGGAAGUGUUGGUUUGGUACACUAUUCAUUUGGUACACGCUCGAGCCUUCAGACAAGAUGCCCUGGCCGUUCUCAGAGUCCAUUAAGAAGCGGGCCUGCCGGUACCUGCUGCACCGUUACCUGGGGAACUUCCUGCAGGAGAAGCUGAGCUUGGACCAGCUGAGUGUGGAUCUGUACCAGGGCACGGGCUCCCUAUCACAGGUGCCCCUGGACAAAUGGUCUCUGAACGAGAUCCUGGAGUCCGUGGAGGCUCCAUUCGAGGUGAUCGAAGGCUUCAUCCAGACCAUCACGCUGACGGUGCCCUGGGCCUGUCUGCUGCAGGACCACUGCGCUCUGGAGGUCCGCGGGCUGAGGAUGGUGUUCAGGCCUCGUCCUCGUGCAGCCUCGGGGCAGGAGCCCAUGUGCUGGUCCAGCUUCAUGACGAGCAGCAUGCAGUUGGCCCGCGAGUGCCUGAGCCAGAGGCUGACGGACGAGCAGGGGGAGAGCUUCCAACCGCUCGAGGGGCUGGAGACGUUUGCUGAGACCAUAGAGACAGUUUUGAGAAGAAUCAAGGUGGCCUUCUUGGACACGGUCCUCAGGAUCGAGCACAUUCCGGCUAAUUCCAAGACGGGCAUCGCUCUUGAACUGCGCAUCAACAGGAUGGAGUACUGCGAUGAGCUGGCGGAGGAGAGCCCCAAUGUGAACGUUCACCAGCCCACCACCUUCGCCCACAAGAGCCUGAGCCUGGAGGGCCUCAGCGUCUACUGGGACGAGUUCCCCGAGAGCAGCCGCACCGGCCUCAAAGCCUCGCCAACCAGAGUGGACUCGGAGCUGAAGCUGUCUCCCAGCUGGAACCCCCACAUCAUGUGCGAGCCACACCCCCAGUUCAACGCCCCCACCCCCAGCGCCCCGCCCUUCCCCCCGCUACAGGUGGGCCAGCUGGGGGGACGCCUGGCGCUGUCCCUGGUGCUGAAGCAGAACGAGGCCGUUCCUGGAGCCAAGCUUGAUGUUGACGGGGACAUGGAGUCUCUGGUGCUGCUGCUGUCGCCCCGCCAGGUUCACCUGCUCAUGGACAUGUGGGGAGGCUUCUCCCCCUCUGCAGGUCAGGAGUGGGCGGGCCUUAAGGACAGGAAGUGCCGCCCGAUGCAGCAGGAGGAUGAGUACCGACUGCACAUGGAGCUCAACCGCUGCCUCAAGAAGGAAACCAUGGCAACGGUGGCAGAGCAGGACCUGUUUGAGAGCCAGACCACCAGGACCGUGUCCAGCAGAGAGGAUGUGUUUUUCUCCAUGGCUGAGAUGGACAUGUCCCACAGCCUAUCGUCUUUGCCGCCACUCGGGGACCCGCCCACUGUGGACCUUGACCUGUCACUCAACAGCAACUACUCCGCACCUCUGGACGAGUCACCGUCUGGCCAAACAGCUGGAUGGGACGAGUACCUGGAGGUCAACCGUCAGCGAGACCAGCAGCAGGACACACACACACACACACACCACAAGCUGCACAGACAGACCUCUCACCUCCCUGAUGACUCGUGUCCUGAGUUGGUGUUGCGUUUGGCUGUGGAGCGCCUCCUGGUGGCCGUCCUGCACAUCGACCCUCUGCCCCCUCCAGACUCCGCCCACAGUCCUCUCACACCAAUGGCCACAGACUUCUUCAAAAUUCUCAACACGGACAAGCUCCUCCCCAAUGGCUUCCUCCAAUCACGGGACGUGUUUGACAAGGCCUGCCCCCAUGAUCACCUCAGGCUGGUGGGUGAAGGGGUGAAGGCGUUGUAUGAACACACCCAGGGCUCCAGUGCGAUGCGUCUGAACUCUGAGAUCUCCUUCAGCCAGAUGGAGCUUCUAGAGUGCCUCUUCUCCACAGAGACCCCCAACAACACACACACCGCACAGUACACAGAGCUCCUGACGUUUGAUGCCACAAGCAGCAGCCCCUGUCCAGCUCCAUGCCUUCACCUGUUCUACAAACUCACUGAACGGAGAGGCCCCCAGGGAGGUCAGGUUCGCACGUUGCCGGGGCGAGCCGACUUGAGGGUGGAGCUUGGUGGUUGCCGGGUGGAGCUUGACAUCAGUAUUGUUGACCGUCUCCACUCCCUGCUGCAGCCACGGAAACACGUCACUAUGGAGAUGAUGACCUCACACAUGUACACAUCCUACAAUAAGCCUGUUAGCCUGCACAAGGCCUUUGCGGAGGUGUUUCUCGAUGACAGCCGCACCCCCGCUCAGUGUGAGGUGUGUGUGUGUGUGAGCACCCCACGGCUGGUGUUGUGUCUGCGGUUCCCCAUCCCGGACCUGCGCUGCGAUGCGGAACGCGGUCCCUGGUUCCGCCGCCGCCUGCAGAGAGAACAGCUGCUGCUGGAGUUUCAGGAGCUCGAACUCAAGAGCCACUUCACAGGAGGAACACACGCAGAACAGAGCACCGUGGAACUCAACUAUAGAGAACUUACCGGUCAUCUCCAUGACGAUGAGCAGGACGGGGUCGUGUGCUUUCUGCGUGUGGCUCACAGUUUGGAGGACCUCAGCACCUCCGACAGCGGCAAGUUUGAUUGGCCGAGGGUUGUGUUGAAGGUUAACCCCAUGGCUGUUCACUCCCUCCUGGAGCGAGUGACGGCAGAGGAAGAGGAGGAGGAGGAAGAGGAGGGCUCAGGGGCGGGCCUUCAGGAGGAGGAAGCAUCUCAUUCGCUGAAAGACGUGUGUGACUUUAGCCAACCAGAACCCUCUCCCUUCUCAUCACGUCGGGUGAUGUACGAGAAUGAAGAGAUGGUCAUUCCUGGAGAUGUGCUGGAGAUGACGGAGUUCCAGGAGAAAACUACGGCCAACUCUCGCUUCACCCUGGAGCUCAGCAUCCCCAACCUGCAGAUCACCAUACCCAGCAAAGCCUUCUACGAGACACUCCACAACAGAAUAAACAAUGACUUGUUGCUAUGGGAACCCACCGCACCAUCCCCCGUGGAGACUGUAGAGAGCAUGCCGUAUGGGGUCGGCCUGUCCGUCGCCAGUCAGCUGAUCAACACACACAGCAAAGACUUCAGCCCUGAGGAGGAGGAUAGUGGCUCAGAGGAGGACCCUCUGGCAUUUCCUUCGGCGAUGGAUAUGGGAAGCCGGAGGAGGAAGAAGAGGAUGAAGAGUCAGAGCCGCACCUGCCAGAGCCUCUUCUCCAUCUGCCUCAACAUCAACCAGGGUCUACUGUCCCUACACACACAGGCCAAGGGUGAGGGUGUGUGUGCUGGGGAGGUGUGGACUGAGCUGCGCGGGGCGGUGCUGUUUGGAGUGGCUCAGUAUGAAGGCGCUGAAGACCAGCACUACCUCUGCUUCCACACCAGCAGCUUCAGCCUCUACCACCAAGGUCUUACGGAAAGCGAUUCUAGGCCAGUUGAGGUGACGCUUCCUAACAGGCCUCGACCUCAUUGGCUGGACCCAACCCUCUAUGCCUCAGAGACCGCCCCCGAACCUGGCCCCGCCCCCUCUGAGGGCCUCGGGGCGGAGCCUCACAGCAUGCUGUCGGCUGCAGUUAAGGUGUUGACACACACACCAGAGCAGAACAUGAAGGAGUACCUGGUUGCCGUGGGGAUUCGUGGGGUGACCCUGCAGCACAGAGUGGUUGCGUCCGGCCAAGGCUGGUAUGACCAGAUAGCAGACUUCCUCAAUGUGAGGGAUGAGGCGGUCCUGGGAUACACUCCGCCCACCUCCAUCAGCACAUUACACAUGCACCUGUGGAGCUGUGCACUGGACUACAGGCCACUCCAUCUGCCAGUCCGGUCUCUCGUCACCGUGGAAACCUUUAGCAUUUCGAGUAGCCUGGCUUUAGACCACUCCUCCUCAACCAUCAGGAUCAUUUUAGAUGAAGCAGCACUCUUUCUGUCGGAAAAGACCAAUGUGUUGUCUGUCAAUCUAAGUCGAGAUUAUGUGCAAGUGGUAGACAUGGGAACCCUAGAACUCCGCAUCACAGCGGCCAAACGAGGAACAGAUGCCGAGCAGUCAGAGCCACGGUUUGAGCUGCGCUGCUCCAGUGAUGUCAUCCACAUCCGGACCUGCUACGACUCGUGUGCGGCACUCAUGAACCUCAUCCAGUAUGUGGCCAACUAUGGAGACCUGGCGCCCCCUACUGGCUCGGAGGCCAGCAGCAACACCAAACCCAGGGCUAAGUCUGAGGCGCCCGGCCCCCACCCUUCCCAGACUCCUCUGCUGCCGGAGGCGGAGCAACAGAUGCUACAGGAGCUGAUGAGUGAUGCCAUGGAGGAAGACGAAGAGAGCCAGACACACACACACCCCAACGGUUUCCAUGACAACCUGAGACAGGAGACAGACCCCCCCCGCUCCGACCUCUUCCUGUUCCCAGAUGAGAGUGGGAAUCUUCCAGAAGCCAGCCCCCCCUUCCCCACCGCCCUGCAUUCGCCCCUCAUCUCCCCCCCCGCCCCGACCGUCACACACGACUCCGACGACUUCUGCAUCCUGGACACGCCAACCUCUCGAGGAGCAGAGAGGGAUGAGGAACCAAUGGUGCAAAAGCUGACUUCAGAGCCGAUCGUGGUGAAGGAGAACCACUUCAGCCCGCUGGCCAGCAGGGCGGCGCUCUUCCCCACUCCGGACGUGCGCUACCUGCUGAAGGAGAUCUCUGUGGUGUGGCACCUGUACGGGGGGUGGGACUUCAGCAGUGGGGGGCCUGGCUCCUCCCCCAGCCGAAGCCGAGGGUGCUCCCCCUCUCAGACUCCUAUGCGGCAGCAGGCACGAUGUGGGCGUGUGGGCGGUGGAUUGGGUCGGAACCUCGACGUGCUCAUGGAAAUCCAGCUGAGCAAGGUGCGGUUCCAGCACGAGAUGUACCCCCACCCCCCCCCGGAGCGGGGCGGCCCAGAGAGGCUGCUGUCCAGGCAGGUGUUUGUGGUCCAGGAGCUGGAGGUCCGAGACCGUCUGGCCUCCUCCCAGAUCAACAAGUUCCUCUACCUCUACUCCAGCAAAGACAUGCCCCGCAAAGCCCACUCCAACAUGCUGAUGGUGAGGGCGGUGCACAUGUCUGUGGAGGCGGUUGACUCUCCUCAGGAGUGCUGUCUGCGCGUGUCCCUCAUGCCGCUCCGCCUCAACAUCGACCAGGACGCUCUGUUCUUCCUGAGGGAUUUCUUCAGCAGUGUGGCGGCCGAGGUUGAGCUCUUCUCUCCCCCUGAACAAGAGGCCUUGUGUGUGUCCAUGAAGAUGCCUGCAGGCUCAGAUGUUUCCUGUAGCUUUUCCAGACACUCAAGCCAGGACCCCGCCCCCAUCAUCUCCAUGCCAACUCAGGGCCAGACCAAUCAGAAUGGCCUCGGCGAGCCCAGUGGGCAGGACCCAGAGCGAGAACCCGCCUCCCCAGUCUUCACCGACCAACCAAUCUUCUUCAGAGAGUUCCGCUUCACCUCUGACGUGCCGAUCCGACUGGACUACCAUGGAAAACACGUUGCCAUGGAGCAGGGUACGUUUGCUGGUAUUGUGAUGGGUCUGGCCCAGCUGAAUUGCUCUGAGUUGACCUUAAGGACACUUUGCUGCAGGCAGGGGUUGUUGGGAGUGGACAGACUCUUCUCUUAUGCCAUUAAUGAGUGGCUCACUGACAUCAAGAAGAACCAGCUGCCAGGACUGCUUGGGGGAGUGGGGCCUAUACACUCACUGGUGCAGCUGGUGCAGGGAUGCAGGGAUCUGGUGUGGCUGCCUAUCCAGCAGUACCGUAAGGAUGGGCGAAUCGUGCGCGGCUUCCAGAGAGGCACAGCAUCCUUUGGGACGUGCACUGCCAUGGCGGCGCUGGAACUGACCAAUCGCAUGGUGCAGACCAUCCAGGCAGCUGCAGAGACAGCCUAUGACAUGGUAUCUCCAGGACCGAGUGGAGCAGAGGACCGGAGACUAAAACGCUAUUCUCAUCACCGAUUGGCUCAUCAGCCUGUUGAUCUGCGAGAGGGUGUGGCCAAAGCCUACAGUGUUGUCAAAGAGGGUCUGACGGACACGGCUCUGGGCAUCAUCAUCACGGCGACGCGUGAGCACGAGCAGCGAGGCGUGACUGGGGCAGUGGGCGGAGUCUUGCGUCAGUUGCCGCCUGCGGUGGUCAAGCCUCUCAUCGUUGCCACGGAAGCGACCUCGAACGUGCUGGGCGGGAUGCGCAACCAGAUCCAACCGGACGCGCGGCAGGAGGAGACGCAGAAGUGGCGUCUGGGGGAGGAGUGACCAGCACCACAGCCAAUCAGAUUCUCUGAUAUGUGUGGCCCUUGUGUGACCUCAACCUUGGAC